UUUGAAACUUUGCCUUUCACUGGUUGAUUACAUCUUGAAAAUUUUCCUCAAGCAAAUAAACUGAAAUCAUUAAUUCAUCAGCAGUAACAUGAGGAGGGAAAUCUCAUUCAUUGAUGAUUUUUUUUUACCGUAUGACAGUAUAACAGUCGAGGUGUCAAGCAACAGUUUGCCGGCGUGUCGCUCAGAGACAAUGAAGUCCUUGGUUUUCCUUCUUUUCCUGCUUCCAUUGGCAUUUUCCGUGGACCUCGAGCUGGUCAGCGACGAGGAUCUUGUUAGUCUCAUCAAAGAUGAAUCCUUCCUUGUGGUUUUGUUCACCAAGAAAGACUGUGAGCCAUGCGGUACUUAUGAGAGAUUGACGACAAUCCUCCGAGAGGAUCUUCAGCAAUCACUGGACGCUGUGGUGGUGAAGGCAGUCAAUAGUCAGCUGGUGCGCCUCUACAGUCCCUCAAAGGAGCCAGCUCUGGUUUUCUUCCGCCAUGGAAUCCCCCUCUUGUACGAUGGUCCCCUCAACGAGGACUCCAUCUUGCAGCUCUUCCAGCACAACAAAGAUCCGUCCGUAAAGGAGCUCUCAGACGACACGUUCGAGCACCUCACUCAGGCCUCGAGUGGAGCCACCACGGGCGACUGGUUCAUCAUGUUCUACUCGCCCGAAUGCGUGGACUGCCAGCGAUUGAAUGCCGUGUGGGAGGCCGUGGGAGCCACGCUCAAAACCCGCCUAAACGUGGCCAGAGUGAACAAAGGCGCUCUUGGCAGCAGCACCGCUCGUCGCUUCAACAUCCAACGAGUGCCGGAGUUCAUCUUCAUCCGCCAGGGAAAAUACUACAAAUACGAGAUUAAGAAGUUCGACGUGAAGUCUCUGGUGACCUUCGCCCAAGACUGGUACAAGAAUGCGACGCCACACAAAGUUCCAGUGCCACAAUCGCCCUUUGACAAUCUUGUGGAUUUGGGUGUGCAAGUCGUGCAGAAAAGUGUUAAAUUCGCCGAGAAGGCAAUGAAUGAGUAUCCAUAUCUGGUGCUAUUCAUCACCGUGGGAUUCGGUUUGACAUUCCUGUGCGCCCUGUUGGCGCUGUUCUUCAAGAAUAAGAAAUCCAAGACGCAGCAACAGAAGAGGAAGAAGGCUAAAUGA